GUGGUUAAUAUAUAACCCUCAAAGCACACUUGCACUUUGUUUCUCCAAAUAAUAGAUGGUUCUUUUAGACGCAGUCUUGCCCAAGCUGAAUGGUUGUCCUUCCCACACUUGAAUUAUGGCGGUACACAAAAUGAAGAUGGGAUUUAUUUUUAUUCUAACCUGCAUGUGCUUCCUCACCCCUGUCCACCAAGCACAACUUCCAAGUGCCACCAUCUCAGAUCUAUCCAUCAAAAAUAUGGACUUUGCCAUGAACCUUUACAGAAAAAUGUCCAAUUACCACGACAAGAACAUCUUUUUCUCACCUCUGAGCAUCUCCACCAGUUUCGCUGCUCUCGUAAUGGCUUCUGACGGCGUAACACACAAGGAGUUACUCAAGGGUCUCAACCUGGAGCAGCUGGAGAGGGCUAACCAGCCAGAAUUUAUCCCAAAACUUUUCCAACUUCUUCAUGAGAACAUCACACAGAAUGGAUCACUGAAGCUGGACCAAGGCAUGGCCCUCUUUAUGCGCCAGCAGUUUGAGGUAGAAAGGGAAUUUGAAGACCAGAUCAAGACGUAUUUCCAUGGUGACAUCAAAACUCUAGACUUUGCAGACACAACAGAAAGUGUCAGGUUCAUCAAUGAGUACAUCAAGCAAAAGACUGAGGACAAAGUGACAGAGAUGAUGUCCACCGUGCACCCACUGACCCAGCUCAUGUUAAUCAACACAAUUUUCUUCCAGGGUACCUGGCAGAUGCCUUUCAACUCCAAUUUCACUGAGAAUGCUCCCUUCUACAUUGACAACUAUAAUGUUGUGCAAGUGCCAAUGAUGUUCAAAGAGGAUAAGUUCUACACGAUGGAAGACAGACAUCUUGGAGCCAAAGUGCUGAAGCUACCGUACCGGGGAGGUGUUUCCAUGCUUAUCCUGCUACCCAACAAAGGCAGGGACUACACUAUAAUUGAUGAUGAGAUCACUGCUCCGAAGUUCCUCAGCUGGGUCAGAGGUCUGACAAAAAGCAAAAUGGAAGUCAACAUGCCCAAAUUCAAGAUGGAGCAGUCGUAUUCCCUGCACAAUCUUCUGCCAGAUAUGGGCAUGACCAGUGUCUUCAGUAAUUCAGCCAAUUUGACGAAGCUGAGUAGAAACGCUGCCAUCAAAGUGUCAGAGGUGCUGCACAAGGCUGUGAUUGAGGUGGAUGAGACAGGGACAACCGCAGCAGCUGCCACAACAAUUGGCAUUACUCCAUAUUCCUUACCCAGGACCUUCAUUGUCAACAGACCGUUUUUCUUCUUCAUAUACCAUGAAGACACAAACUGCCUGCUGUUCAUGGGCAGGGUGAUUGACCCCACCAAAAACUAGCAGUUGUGAAGUGUGUACACAUAACGUUGUGUUUAUUUAGUCUUCCAAAAGGCCUGAUGAUUUGAGAUAUGUGCUUUGGUCUGUUCUGUAAAGGCCCACUUAUAUCUGUUAAUAAAAACUUUACAUUGA